UUUUUUUAAACAAGAAACAAUUACUAUUUUAAAAAUAAUGAACCUAUAGAGUCUAGAUUUUCAUUCCCAAUUUUUUAGCCGUAUAGUUGUACAUAUAUCCUGGAAAUAUUUCAUUAUCUUGUUUCGAGGUCAAUUUCUCUUUGUCAGCGCUUGUAGCUGUGGAGUCGAGACUCUCUUCGUUCGUUCUCUUUUGCCGUUAAGUCGUGUUUAUAUCAUCUUCUCUGUUAUUUGUUAAUGCGAAGUAGAAUAUAUGGCCUUCUCUGGCAGGGUUUGUGCUUUAGGUCAUCUUCAGGAGUUUGAAGCUCUUUCUCUCGGACUCGGAUGAUCCCGAUGCUUAUUUCAAUAAUUUUUUGAUAACUCUCUCUGUGUAUGUGUGUGUAUCUUAGCCUCCUUUUGCUUUUUCAGUUGAUUUUUAACUGUGCAGUUGACAGGGUUGUGGUGGGGUGGGGUGGGGUGGGGUAGGCAGGUAGUGUUGUAUGAUAAUAUGUGUUUUAUAAGAAGUUCUUUUAUAGGGUUUAAAUUUGAGAAUUCCUCAUGCUCGUCUUUGUUGAUGGUUUACCUGACGGGUUCAGAAUACUUCGUUUCUGGAAUUUACUUCGUUAAGCUGUGAUGAUGAUUCUGAAUUAAAAUAUAGAAAAAGCUUUUGGAAGAUAUCGAUCUUCCUCAAGCAACCAUGUGUAACGUUUGGGAAAUUGGCAAAGAAUCUAUUCCAAAUAGAUUCAAAGAUUGAAGAAAGUUGCCUUUUUGGUGUACCUAGUUGCACAAGCAAGUUUUAUCAUGGUGUAUUGAAUUUCACGAGUUUAUUCUUUCAAGCUAUGUGUUAAGUGAUUCAUUCUUGAAGGGUACCUCUAUAUCGCUAUUCAUGUCCUUCAGUUUUUGGUUUCGUAAGAAAGAAUUAUCCUGUUUUUGUCCCCUCCAAUUACCAUUUCUCUGUUGGGUAAAGGAGAAUUGAAUUUGUUUUUUAAUUGCACUGUAGUAGGCUGUUUUGCUAUAUUUUUCUUCCUAUGUGUUAUUAUUUUUGUCAUUGUUUUAUUAACCUCCACAAAGGUAACGUUCAGGAUUUCUUGUUAUAUUUUAUUAGGCUGGCUGUCGUGAUCUUAAUACUUGACCUUUGUCGUACUUUACGUUUCCAGAAUCGAGUUUUUAUGUGCUGCUUGACGGUAGCAUAUCUAACAUUAAUACAUUUUUUUAUCGACAUUUUUCAAUUCUUAUCUUGCUGCAGUUUGGUUGCAACCCCUAAGCGUUUCCAUACGACUGGAAACUCAAGAAAUGUUUUAUGACUUUGUUAUCUAAUCUAGCAUAUUGCCUGCAAUUAAGAUGUGCAUUUUAAGUAGGUAUUGAAUUCAUUUGGGAACCUAUUCAGGAAAGACCGUCUGAAUUUGCAAAAGGAUCCUGCUAUGGAUUUCAAAGGUAUAACUUGGGCUGGGAAUAUAUAUCAGAAGUUUGAAGCUAUGUGCUUGGAAGUGGAAGAGGUUAUGUAUGAGGAUACAGUCAAAUAUAUGGAAAAUCAAGUGCAGAAAGUUGGUGUUAGUGUAAAGAAGUUCUAUUCGGAGGUAAUGCAAGAUUUGCUCCCUGCUUGUGACGCAGAUCCUGUAAAAGUAGCUGCUGGGGACUUGUCACUGAACCCUUAUUCGCAUACUGAGUUAAACAAAACUAAACCAAUCAUGUCAUUCAGCCUUGAAGAGCUUAAGAAGAAAGAAAUCACAGAUCGGAAUUUAUCUGAUCUAAGCGAAGACGGAUCAUCCUUUAGAGCCUAUAAUGAUUUAAAAAUUAAAAGAUCAGGAGUCUACAAGCGCCCUAUGGGCAUCAAAAGGAUUUCUCGGGACAAUUCUCCUUCAAUAGUAUGUCAUGAUGUGGCUUCUUUAUUAGGAGACAAGAACCGUUUGCUUCUCUGUGACACAAGUGUAACAUCUUCAGAGCCCUCAGUGAGAAAUCGUCCUAUUGAGCCAGAAAAUGUUAAUGCAUCUUUGUCAGGUGGUUCUGCUCACUUCCUUUCUUCUGACAAGGUUGAAUUGGCUGAAUCUGUAAUGAAAGAGAAACAAGACCACAUCUGUACCUUCUGUACUUCUCAGAAGAUUUUAUCAGCUGACUCUGUGAGACAAGAGAAAGAUGGUUCUCAGUGCACGUCAUGCUACCAUGGCCUGACAACCAACUCUAUAGAUGUUGGCGGCAGUGCUUGCAGUGAUGAACCAGAGACGGAGGAAGUUAUUUUGUGUUGUGAAGAUAACUUUGGCAUGGAGAUUAUUGAUAAUGAAGAAGCUGUAGAGCCAGCGGAAAAUCCAGAGUUGAAUGAAACAUGCGUCUUGGUAGAAGAGGAUGAGCAUAAUUUUGUUUCUCAAGGAACGCAAAAGCAAGAGUCAUACAAGAAAAAAAUCCAUAAAGCUCUGUCAUCAAAGUUUAGGUCAGAAAGGAAGCAAGCUCAGAGCAUUUUCCAAUAUAAGGAUACAGGUGGAAAGAAUAAUUCAACAGUGGUGAUUCCAGCUCUUGAGAUGGAGUUUGAUGAAGGGAAGUUUUUGGUUCAUGAACCUGUUGAAUCUGAUUGGGAGUUGAUUUAGGUAAAUUGUGGCUGCUUGUUAUUCGAAUUUUAACCGAUUUGACCUCUGGCUUUCUGCACAAUUAAGGAUAAAAACAAUCUUAUUGUGAAUAAUGGUUGCUGGGAGAAUGUUUCCUUAUAUGGUACAUGAACUGAUCAAUGUCAUCGAACAUAUCAUGCAUAAACCCUCAUGUUUAAUGGGCUGAUCUUCUGUUAAUAAAUGUUUUUGUACUCGUUGGUCUUUGCUCUGUCAUCGUACAUACUUUCAAGAUAAAGGAAAAGACAGAUGGUGGGCGGUUUUUAGGGCCCCUCACCGAAAUCUCAUAAUUCAAUAUUUAUAAAAUUUUAGUUUAUUAUGGGGAAAAAUUCAUUGUAG